AUGCAAGGUGAAGAUGAGGCCCGGGCCACGACAAUAGCGAACAUCGUCCAGUCUUCCGAUGAAGCAAAACCGGCAGAAAACAGGCAAGAAGCCAAUGGAUGGGAAUGGGAAGAUGACUCGUCCAAUCCCUACAAUUGGCCGCAGUGGAAGAAGAACUUGCAGUUGGCGAUGAUCUCUAUCGUUGGCUUUUCCUGCUCGGUAGGAACCUCGAUAGUCAGUCCAGCUCGUUCACAAUUUGUCAAAGAGUUUGGUGUCUCGAGUACGGCUGCAUUCCUGCCACUAUCUCUAUACGUCCUCGCACUCGGCCUCGGACCUGUGCUCGGUGGACCCUUGUCGGAGACGGCCGGCAGACAAGCUGUUCACGUUAUUGCAGUAGUCUUUGGCGGGCUGUUUGCAUUGGGUUCAGGGCUCACCCAUAGUUUUUCUGGACUGUGUGCGAUGAGAUUUCUGUCGGGGUUCUUCUAUGGUCCCGUCUUGGCUGUUGGUUCUGGCGUUUUGAACGAGACCUAUCUGCCUGUUGAGCGUGGUCUGCCGUCAACAAUCUUCAUCCUUAGUCCUUUCCUUGGUCCUGGCCUUGGGAAAGGCUGGCGGUGGACCCAGUAUACUCUGGUGUUCUUUUCGGCCUUCUCCUUGAUCUGGCUUUUUCUUUCUGGAGAGUCUUAUCACCCUACUCUAUUGCGCCGUCGCCGAAAGCAACUCGGUCUCGUCGAACCGAGAUCGACCACGACCUUGCAGAAAUCGUGGCAAUUCCUCACCGUUGGCUUGCUUCGACCUCUGCAUAUGCUCUUCACUGAACCAAUCGUGGCGAUUCUCUCCUUGUACGUCGCAUGUAUGUUUGGAACACUAUUCAUGUUUUUCGGCGCUUUCUUCUAUGUCUUUGACAAAACCCACGGCUACACUCUCACUCAGACGGGUCUUGUGUUCUUGGCAAUUGCUUUCGGAUGCGUUCUUGGCUGCAUCACCAUGGUUCUCUGCGAUCAUCAUCUGUACCAGCCUAGGGCAAGAAGAUUUUCCCCGGGCGAGAUCCCUCCUGAGCUUCGUCUCUACCCAGCUAUGUUGGGAAGCUUGGGUCUUCCCGUCAGUCUUUUCUGGUUCGGCUGGACUGCCAGGCCAGAUGUUAAUGCUGCUGCCCCCAUCAUUGCAAUCGUCAUCUUUGGCUGGGGCAAUAUCACGUUGACUAUUAGCUCAAUUCAAUACCUCGGGGACACAUAUCAUCGCUCCAAUGUAGCAAGCGCGGCCAGUGCGAACAGCUUAGCAAGGUAUACCUUUGCUGCUGCAUUUCCCUUCUUUUCGCUGCAAAUGUACCAAAAACUCGGCAUUGGCUGGGCAUCAAGCCUUCUAGGAUUUUUAUCACUGAUACUACUUCCUGGGCCGUGGAUAUUCUUCAAGUAUGGCAAAGUAAUCCGCCAGCGAAGUCAGUACGAAACUGCAAGCUACUAG